AUGCAUCUUGUUGAUAGUUGGAUAGACUCUCGCUUUAAUAUCGAAACCAAGAAUGCACUAAACAAUCUUACUUCAGAUCCAAAACUUUAUACGAUACUCUCAGGCUGGUAUGCUACAAAAAGUCUAUUUAUACUUACAAACAUUCAGAAUGAUGAAGAUGAAAAUAGUAGUAAAUCUAUAUUUGAUUAUUAG